UGUCAGGAGACAAUGAGAUUCUGAAGGUCAGAACACUCCAGACUGUGGGAGACGUGAGAUGCUUUGGGGUAAUCUUGAAUUGUGGUUUCCCCUUAACUUUGUAGCAGCAAAGUUGAGAAGGGGCUGGUUCCGGGAGAGACGUGAUGGGGCAAGGGUGCCCUUCUGCUGACGCCGAAGAUGGCUCCUGGCUCACCUCUGACUCGGUUUCCCCCACAGAUGGCUUUUCCCUGCCGCAGGUCCAUGAAUCCUAAGACUCUGACCUUCUUUCUGGUGGGUGUGAGUUUCUUGGCCCUGCACCUAUGGUUCCUCCAAGCCUCCAGGUCCCCGCAGGAGACCAUGUGGGACGGAUCUGUCGAGGCCACCCCUGCUGCUCCUGUGGCCACGCAGCCGUGGCUGUUCAGCCCGUGUGUGGCCAACGACUCGGCCAACGCCACGGACGACUUCGAGCAGCUGCCGCAGCGCAUCCAAGACUUCCUGCGGUACCGCCACUGCCGCCACUUUCCCCUGCUCUGGGACGCGCCCGCCAAGUGCGCGGGCCGGCGCGGGGUCUACCUGCUGCUGGCGGUCAAGUCGUCGCCCGCCAACUACGAGCGGCGCGAGCUCAUCCGCCGCACCUGGGGGCAGGAGCGCCUGUAUGGCGGGCGGCAGGUGCGGCGCCUCUUCCUACUGGGCACGAGCCCGCCCGAGGACGCCGAGCGCGCCGAGCGGCUGCAGGCGCUGGUGGGGCUGGAGGCGCGCGAGCACGGCGACGUGCUGCAGUGGGCCUUCGCGGACACCUUCCUCAACCUCACGCUCAAGCACGUGCACCUGCUCGACUGGCUGGCCGUGCGCUGCCCGCACGCGCGCUUCCUGCUCAGCGGCGACGACGACGUCUUCGUGCACACGGCCAACGUGCUCGGCUUCCUGGAGGCGCAGCGGCCCGACCGCCACCUCUUCGCCGGGCAGCUCAUGGACGGCUCGGUGCCCAUACGCGACAGCCGGAGCAAGUACUUCGUGCCGCCGCAGCUCUUCCCCGGGCCGGCCUACCCGGUGUACUGCAGCGGCGGCGGCUUCCUCCUGUCCAGCCGCACGGUCGGGGCCCUGCGCGCGGCCGCCCGCGACACCCCGCUCUUCCCCAUCGAUGACGCCUACAUGGGCAUGUGUCUGAAGCGCGCGGGCCUGGUGCCCAGCGGCCACGCGGGCAUCCGGCCCUUCGGCGUGCAGCUGCCCGGCGCCCGGCAGCCCUCCUUCGAUCCCUGCCUGUUCCGCCAGCUGCUGCUCGUGCACCGUUUCGCGCCCUACGAGAUGCUGCUCAUGUGGAAGGCGCUGCACAACCCUGGGCUGAGCUGUGGCCCGGAUCACAGGGUCUCCUGAGGACGGGUGGGGCGUACUGGGGGAGGGUGAGCAGCCCCCGCACGUGAUGCGUCCCGCGCUGAGAGCGCAUCUUUCCUGCUCUGGAUACCUUCUAUCCCACCCAGCUCGGUGCACCCGAACCCCAGCUGCACACUGGAAUCACCUGGGGGGGGGGGGGUGGUGCAAAAGCCUGGCUCCUGGCCCCACCUCCAGAAUCUCUGAUUGUGUUGGUGCCGGGUGUCCCCGGAUACCUAGGUAUUUUUUAACUUCCUCGAGUGAUUCGAGUGUGCAGCUAGGAAUGAAGCCCGCUGGGCAAGGGAUGUCAGUUGCCCCUCCAAACGCGGCUCCACUGCCCCUUCUAGGAGCCUGCCGGGGCCCGCUCCUGCCCUGAGUCCAUGUGGGCAGUGGAACAAGGGAGGGGCGAGGAGCCGGGGUCCGAUGUCUCCUCUUGGGUACGAUACACGAGCUGUCACGUCCAUCGGUUCCUCGACAAGUGAGUAGACACGCGGCUCAGUGAGGACAGUGACUGAUCCAGGGCCACGUGGUCAUUCCCAGUCAACACACCAUUGUGGUCCCCUCCACGCCCACCGACCACAGCUGAUGGCCGCCUCUAGUGGUCUCGACUAUGCACACCAGCGCCACCAGCCCUCCCACCCAGAGGGCAGAGACAGGCUCCCUGCCGGUGUCUGGGCCUGAGGGUUGGUCAGCCUUGGGGAACCAGGCUGGGGGGUUCAGGGUGGCGUCAGCGUGGGGGUCAGCAAUGGUGAAACCAUGCAAGACAGUGAUAGGGGAAUCUGGACACUAUUUGGGAAGCCCGUGGAGGGCGACGUACAGAACUGUGUUGGGGGUGGGAGAUCAGAUUAGUAGCCUUGAGGGACAACGGUUAGGGAGUGUGCGGAGGUGACUGGAAUCGUGGAUAUCAGUUAGGAGGCCGAGGGGUCAGUGAUCGGGACUCUGUGAUCUCCAGGAGCUUUCAGUCAUCCUGGCAAAGCAGGAGGAUCAAGAAAACGGCCUAAGGGUGAGGCAGAAACAUGUAUCAAGGUCCCAGCUGGGGGAGACGGACAAGAGGGAAUGACUUCAGGAAGGAAGGAGCCCAGAUAGGAAGUCAGGAGGCUGACCAAACGCCUUCCCUGCCCUUAGGACAAGGUCCGUUCCUCCCCACCGGCAGACUCAUCCGGGCGGAACCACUCACGCUGUCCCUUCGCUUCUGUCCUCCCUCUGCGCUUCUGCACAAGCACCGAUCCCUUUACGGGAAGUGUCUUUGAACCACCACCGUCCCUGUCUCUUGCGUCAUGCAGGAUGCCUGCGGGGGAGGCUGCCAGCUGUCUGCCAAAGUCUGCUACUCCCUCCCUCCUGGGCACACACCUAGACUACACUCCCCAGCCUCCCUGGCAUUUGGGCAUGGCCAUGUGACCAGGCUCUUUGAUGAAUGUGGUGUGGACGCCAUGAGGACCGCACUUGAACCCUGCCGCACCUGGGCUCCCCUUCCCUUUCCCCUGGAUUGGAACAUGGAUCGGCACGUGACCCCGCUCUGACCUUGCAGGUGAGGACAACCCUCCAGGCCUACCUCAAAACGAAGGACUGCUCUACCCAAAAUGUCCUAGUGCCGAGGUUAAGAAACCUCUUUUUCCCUCUGCAACAACCCGGAGUCCACCCUGAAUCUCCAACAGACCUUCACUCAGCUCCCGAUGCGUAUCCACCUGCCUCAGUGGUCACCUCAGCUUGGAUGUGCGGCAGGCACACCUCAGGCCUGCCUCUCCCCCGAUGUUCCCAUCUCAGCAAAUGGCACUGUCAUCUCUCGACUUGUCCACGCCAGGAAGGGGGCGCUGCAUCUCAAACUCUCCUUCUCUCUCCUACCCCAUCCGGUCAAUCACCAGGUUGGUCUUACCUCCAAAAUAUCUCUCCAGUCAGUUCUUGUCGGUCCAUCUUCUCCAUGGCACCAGAUGGCCUGGGUUCCCACCAGCUCUUAUGUGGGCCUCAGCCAGGGCCACCUAGGGAUGCACUCUCCACCCUACAGCAGCCAAAAGGCAGAUCUGGUCAUAAUUGGGCCCCCUCUCAAAAUCCAGCCCUAUUGUCCUCAGAUACAAAGCAAAUGCUUUCUGAGACGGGCGGUUUGACCUGCUUUCCUUUGACUUCUCCGCCUGGAUUUCUCCCCACUCUGCUGGGGCCUCUUGAGGUUCUGUGUACUCUCUCUGGCCCCUGGGCCUUCCAACAAGCUGUUCCCCUGCCUGAAACACUUUUCCACUCUCGCUUCAUUUGAUAUAAGCUUCAGAUAUAAGAUAAAGUGUCACUUCCUUGGAAAGGCCUUUCCCAACCCCCUCCUAGUCCCAGGGCACAGAGCUCCUCGCCCUACCUGGUUAUAGCUCUGUGAAUUCCCAGAACCCCCAGCAUCUGCUGCUGUGCCUGGAACAGUGCUGUAUUAGUUUCCCACUGCCGCUGGGACAAAUUACCACAAACCUGGGCACUUAAACCCACGCAAAUGUAUUGCCUUACAGCUCUGUAGUCCAACACAAGCUUCAUGGGGUUAAAAAUCAAGGUGUUAUUAAGAUUGUAUUCCUUACUGGAGCUCUAGGGGAGAAUCUGCUUCUUGGCCUUUUCCAACUUCUAGAGGCCCCUUCCUCCAUCCUCAAAACCAGCAUUCUUGCAUCUCUAACUCUCCUGCUCCUCCUUCCACUUUUAAGGACAUUGGGCCCACUUGGAUAAUCCAGGAUUAUCUUCCUGCCUUAAGAUCAAUUGAUCAGCAACCUUCAUUCCCCCUCAACCUUAUUUCCCUGUCCCUACUUAACCUAACCUAUUUAUAAGCUCCCGGGAUUAAAACGUGGACUAGGACCAUUAUUCUUCCCACCAUGGUGUCCAAUAAAUAUUUGUUGAAUAAAUGAACAAUAAUAAAUAAUAAGCUAAAAUUAAUAGAUGAGCAAAUGUGCUUCCUUCACACAGACCUCCCCGGGGCAGACUCUCGUGCUAGACAAUUAUCAUUAAUCCUGAAUUCCCUUCUCCUUUCUCCCAUUUACCAAGAGCUUGUAACAGACAAGAAAAUGAGAAUGCUGAGGCCAGGAGAAGACACCUUCCUUAUUCUCUAGAAAGUCUGAAUUCUGUGCCCUGACGACUUCCUCCCAUUUCCCUGACAAGCAGAUGGAUUAUCUCCACUUUACAGGCGCAGCGAAAAGCAGCAGCCCGCAGAGCCCUGGCACCACCUGUGUCACCUGGCCCUCAGAGCCACCUGGGCGCCACUCACCCCGCUGGUUUCCUCAGGCUCUUGCGACCCACAGCCACCAGGGGGCGCGCCCCGCACACGUUUUCUGCGCGCAGGCUGGCUGCAGGUCCUUGGGUACGUGUAAACCUGGGUCCUGGGACCUGUGCUCCCAACCACCGACCCGACCCGACCGGACCGUUAUGGCCAGCGCUAAUUGACAAGGACCACAUAAGCAGAGAAGAUGAUGGGCUUGUCUCACAAACAUACAUGCGGAAUCCUACAUAAAAUGCCAUCAGACAGAGCGUGAUGAUAUGUAAAAAAAGCAUAAUAUAUCAGCAUCUAGAUGGGUUUAUCCCAGAAAUUCCAAGUGGUUUAUUUAGUAUUAGAAAAGCAAUCAAGGGGUGCCUGGGUGGCUCAAUAGUUGAGCCAAGGACUCUUGACAUUGGCUCAGGUCGUGAUCCCAGGGUUGUGGGAUGGGUCCACCCAUUGGGCUCCGUGCUGAGCGUGGAGCCUGCUUAAGAUUCUCUCUCUCUCUUUCUCUCUCUCUCUCUCUCUCUCUCUCCCUUUGCCUCUCUCCCCUGCUCAGGCUCUCUUUCUCUUUCUAAAAUAAAAAAUAAAUAAAUAAAAGUGAAAAAAGCAAUCAGAAUGUAUGGAUAAAAAAGAAAUAUGUGUCCGUGUGGUAUAUCACAUCAAGAGAAAUGUAUCUCCAACGCAGGAGAAUAAAAUGAUACAAUUCAACAUCUAUUCGUGAUUAGAAAAAAAAUCUUUGUAAAAGGUGAAAGCAUUUCCUUUACGAUUUGGACUAAGGCUAGAUGUGCCCACUAUCGCCACAAUGUUCAACAUUGUCCAAGACAUCUCGAGAGCACAGCAAGGGAAGAUAAGGAUUCAAAAAUAUGACUUGAAAAAAGAAAGAAAAUAUUAAACCUCAGAGGUUUGCAAUCCUAUCGGAUCCAAAUUCCCCAUUCUGUAACAAAUUAAUGCCAUCCUCCGUAUCCCGAAGUGAAAUUCUUGGAUAAUAUAAUCUGUCACACGUGUGUUUUCAAAAAAAUCAACAUAAUGCUUUAAUUUUAAUAUGCGAUUAAUAAAAGAAAAUACUUUAAAAUAAAAUAAUAUGAAUUGUGAUGUGUAAUUUCUUGGGCACAACAAAACCCUCACAAAUUUUCUAAUCUCCCAACCAGGGGGCAGUAUACCACACUAAGAACCAUUAGUCUAUGCAGAGAAAACUCACCGAAACACACACACA